CUCAUCUAUAGUCUAAUCUAAAUGUCAUCCACCGAUUGAACAUACAAUCCAAACAUCAGCUGUACUAUUGAAACUGUCUAUUUAAAUAUUUAUAUUCCGAUAUUUUCUUUUAAUAUAUUUGAAGUAAAUGUAGCACUUUCAUAAUGACGAUUCAUAACUUAUAUAUUUUCGAUCGCUAUGGCACCUUACUUUACUAUGGAGAGUGGAACAGGUCCAAACAAUCUGGAAUGUCUCGGGAGGAGGAAGGAAAACUAAUGUAUGGCAUGCUGUUCUCGAUAAAAUCAUUUGUUGCUAAAAUAUCUCCUCUGGAUCCAAAGGAAGGCUUCAUGAACUACAAAACCUCAAAAUAUACUCUACAUUGUUUAGAGACUCCAUCGGGAAUCAAAUUUGUUAUGAACACUGAUAACCAAGCUCAAGGUGUCAGAGAGCUAUUAAAAAAGAUUUAUGGGGACAUUUAUGUUAAAUAUGUUGUGAGAAAUCCAAUGUGUGGAAUUGGAGAACCAAUUACAAGUGAAUUGUUUAAAAAUAAACUUGAUUCCUUCAUUAAACAAGCACCAUUGAAUGCAGUUAGGGGUUCUUGAUUUGAUAAAUAAUUUCUAAUGUAAAUAGAUUUAAAAAUGUCAAUAAAAUAAAUAAUGAAAUAAAACAUCUUUUGUGCUUAGUUUAA